UGUGUUGUAGGAGCCCGAAGCACCACGAGACUCCACCCCGAUAGAAGCAGCAGGGCCCAUCCUACCUUUCUCGCCCUUUCAUCCCAGCGGAAGGGACAAAGGAGGCUAGAAAAAUAGAGGGAGGCAAAUUUUCCUUAGUCCUCAUGGCGAGGGACACCGCGCAAACUCCGACCAUCCCUCGUCUCCGGCUGCUCCAGGGCGCCGCCAGUUAUUCCUCCGACUUCACCGCCCCCUCGCUGUCUGCGCCCUUCAAGCUGGACGAGGGUUACUCCGAUGAAACCAAAAGUCAGCCCGACAAGGAGCUCCUGAACCCGUCCCCGGAUGAUGUGAUGCCGCUCCCCGACUGGGUUCAUACUUAUGGCGAGGCCGAGAGAGCCGAGCUAGCCUACAAUCUUCUACGGACCUUGCGUGCUUCUACGGUCGCCUCAGUGGUCGAACGGCUGGCGCCUCUGCUGCAUAUGGACCCGGUGUUGAAACUCCCGCCCGAAAUCACUUCCGAGAUCUUUUCCUACCUUGACCCUCAGACGCUGCUGACCGCGUCCCUGGCAUCUCGCGCCUGGCGCAGUCGCAUCUUCGACUCCCGCCUCUGGAGAGAUUUGUACAUUGGUGAAGGCUGGCGGGUCGACAUCGAUGCCGUUCGCACGUACGAACAAGAGCAUUCGGGAUUGUCAUCCCCCCAACUUCGCAAGUCGCGGCUGAGAUAUACAGACCCGGAUCUCGGUGAACCGAAACAGAAGAAGCGUGUACCUCCCAGUUGGCUAGACUCUCGGGCGACAGGGUCUUUGGAUAACAAUGAGGCCGUGCGGGGAAAUGGACUGCAGGCCGCUGUAGAGGCAGAUACCGAAGGGAAUCAUCCCAUGAGCGAUGUGUCAAACGAUCGAGGGACGCUUCUCUCCGCCGGGCAACAGUCACCGACGUCUAGCACCCGACGUGAGUCCCAGUCAGGAUCUGGCCAUUCCAAGUCAAACAUGCAACCACCCUCAACGACCUCGCGUCGCCCAAUGUCGUCGCUGCUGAUCCGGAUGCCCAACGGCGCCGCUAAGAUUAAUUGGCCACAUCUGUAUCAGCAACGAAGACGGCUGGAAGACAACUGGGCCAAGGGCCGUUUCACAAACUUUCAACUCCCACACCCAUGUCAUAUGGAAGAAGCCCACCAGGAAUGUGUGUAUGCAAUCCAGUUCACCGGCAAAUGGUUGGUUAGUGGCAGUAGGGAUAAAACGGUUCGAGUUUGGGAUCUGGAUACUAAACGACUCUGGCACCCACCUCUUCAAGGUCACUCCAAAUCGGUUCUCUGUCUUCAAUUUGAUCCCCGCCCGUCUGAGGACAUUAUUGUGUCAGGAAGCAGCGAUAAGAAUGUCAUAAUAUGGCGGUUUUCCACCGGAGAGAAACUCCACGAGAUUGCCCCGGCUCACGACGACUCCGUCCUGAAUCUUCGAUUCGACGAGCGGUACAUAGUAACCUGUUCUAAGGACAAACUCAUCAAGGUCUGGAACCGGCAGCAGCUCUCGCCAGCCGAUAAGGACUACCCCAGUGUUUUCCAGGGCUCAGGCGUCUCGUAUCCAUCGUACAUCGUUGACACGAGCGAGAUCCCCUCUCCUAUACUCGAAGCCGAAAUCGCCAAGAAUCACAUCCGAACCUUAGCGCCUUACUCCUUAUUGAUGAUCCUCGACGGCCAUACGGCGGCAGUCAACGCCAUUCAGCUUAACGAAGAUGAAAUCGUCUCCGCCUCGGGCGAUCGCUUGAUCAAGGUCUGGAACCUUCGCAACGGCUCCUGCAGAAAGACCGUGAUAGGCCACGAAAAGGGCAUCGCCUGCGUUCAGUUCGACAGCAAACGUAUAAUCAGUGGUAGCAACGACGACACCGUUCGUAUUUUUGACCACGCCUCCGGCGCCGAGGUGGCCUGCCUACACGGACAUGCCAACCUCGUCCGAACAGUCCAAGCUGGUUUCGGAGAUCCCCCCGGAGCCGAGGAGACCUUACGACUGGAAGCCCUGGCUGUCGAUAACGACUUCCGGGAUGCUCAGCGCUCCGGUACGAAUGUGGAUCUCGGCCCUAGUGCCCUCCGUCGUGCAGGGUAUCAACAGAACACCAACGGAUCCCGGAAUCCACGAGACAUCAAAGCCCUGGGAGCCAAGAUCCCUCCGGGCGGAGGCGGUAGCCAAUGGGGAAGGAUCGUCUCCGGCUCGUAUGAUGAGACCAUUAUCAUCUGGAAGAAGGACAACGAAGGCCGCUGGGUCGUGGGACAGAAACUCCGACAGGCAGAAGCCGCUGCCAACGCCUCAUACAGCAACCUGGAUGCCGCUGCACAAAAUACAAUUGCACGAUCCAAGGCCUUUGCCCAGCAAGCGCAGCAGAUCCAAGCUGCCGCUGCCGCAGCGCAACAGGGUCAGACACAGGGCCCUGCCGGUCAUGGCCAGGGACAACAACAGCCACUACCACCCCGUUGGCCUACAACGAAUCCCAACCCAACCGAACAACAGCAAGGAGGGGCCUGGCCUCAAGGGCCCGUGAACCCAAGCAGCCUCAUCACAAACCAUCAUAUCCAAAACCCAAUCAACGCCCACCAAGGCGCAAAUAGACCCCAUCCUCCCAUCAUGAACCCCGUUCUAGCGGCCGCAGCAGCAACCCAUCACCACCAUCCCCGGCUGAAUCGGAUGGCCGCUGUCCCGGGCCAACCGCCUACCUCCAGGAUCUUCAAGCUCCAAUUUGACGCGCAGAAGAUCAUUUGCGCGAGUCAGGAUCCGAGGAUCGUCGGAUGGGAUUUCGCCGCUGAUGACGAGGACCUUAGAGAAGCAUGUCAAUUCUUCACCGGGUUGUAAUCGAUGAUCAUCGGCACGUGUGGGGGUGAGGUAGAAUCUUCAUCUACUGGUUCAUGGAAGUAUCCGUAUUCUUUUCCCUUGUUCUAUUU